AUGUUCCAUGAUCUCAGAAUUCCGAAUAACUCUAAGUUCCAGGUCACCGAGUUCAUCCUGAUGGGAUUCCCAGGCAUUCACAGCUGGCAGCACUGGCUCUCCCUGCCCUUGGCUCUUCUCUACCUCGUAGCUCUCUGGGCCAACAUCCUCAUCGUCAUCACCAUCAAACAAGAGGCAUCCUUGCACCAGCCUAUGUACCAGUUUCUGGGCAUUCUGGCUGUGGUGGACAUGGGUCUGGCAACCACCAUCAUGCCUAAGAUUUUGGCCAUCUUAUGGUUCAAUGCUAAGGCCAUCCGUCUCUCUGAGUGCUUUGCUCAGAUGUAUGCCAUCCAUGUUUUUGUGGGCAUGGAAUCAAGUAUCUUUGUCUGCAUGGCCAUAGAUAGAUAUGUAGCCACUUGCCAACCACUGAGAUACCCAUCAAUAAUUACUGAACCUUUUGUGAUCAAAGCAACUAUUUUCAUGGCACUCAGAAACUGUCUUUCUCUCAUCUCAGUAUCCAUGCUUGCUGCUCAAAGGAAUUACUGCUCUAGGAACCAGAUAGAGCACUGUCUUUGCUCUAACCUUGGAGUCACUAGCCUAUCUUGUGAUGACAGGAAAAUUAACAGUAUCACCCAGGUAAUUCUGGCUUGGUUAAUCAUGGGAAUUGAUCUGGGACUGAUUGUUUUAUCAUAUGCUUUGAUCCUUUGGUCUGUCUUGAAGCUUAACUCAGUAGAAGCUGUGUCUAAGGCCUUAAACACCAGCACAGCCCACCUUAUUUUAAUCUUUUUCUUCUAUUCAGUCAUUGUUGUCAUCUCCAUUACUCACAGUGCGGUUGUGAGUGUUCCCCUCAUCCCAGUUCUCCUCAACGUCCUGCACAAUGUCAUCCCCCCUGCUCUCAAUCCCAUGGUGUAUGCACUCAAAAACAAGGACCUCAGGCAGGGCCUGUUGAAGGUGCUCGGGCUGGACACCAAAGCUAGCUAA